ACAGUAGUAGGCACACACACAUUCUCUUCUAUUUUGGCGAAUUUCGCCUUUUGUGCAUUCUCUCUCUCUCUCUCCCGGAGUCUCAGGCUUUCUCUUAACUUCUCAUUCUCUCCUUGGUUGAUGAAACUGGAUCGAUUUGAUAGAACCCAGAUCAAAUCUGUUGACAUUUUUCCAGAUUUCGAUGCUUUUUUGAGAUUGGGUUUCUCUUUCUUUUGAUGAAACUUAUCACUUUCAGCGUUGCCCAGUUUUGGCCACAAGGUGUUUGUUGAAAUUCCGGAGAGAGAGAGAAGCUCGAAAUUGGGAAUUCUGUAAGGAAAAAAAAAUGAGAGAUUUUCCUUCUUGCUCUGGUGAAAAUGGUGUUCAGAUUGCGGACUCUUCGUCUUCCUCGAGCGCUGGAAGAAAUGCUCAGAAUUUGGUAAUAUGCAUCUACCGUUGCCGCAUCCGAGGUAGGACUUGCUUGAUCACAGUCACAUGGACUAAGAAUCUGAUGGGUCAGUGUGUUACCGUGGGGGUUGAUGAUUCUUGCAACCGAAGUCUGUGUAAAGUCGAGAUUAAGCCGUGGCUCUUCACUAAACGAAAAGGGUCCAAGACUCUAGAGGCGUAUGCCUGUAAUAUCGAUGUUUUCUGGGAUCUCUCGUCUGCUAAAUUUGGAUCCAGCCCUGAACCUUUAGGAGGGUUCUAUGUUGGAGUUGUUGUUGACAAAGAGAUGGUUCUUCUUCUUGGUGAUAUGAAGAAAGAAGCUUUUAAAAAGACGAAUGCUGCACCUUCUUCAUCUUUAGGUGCUGUGUUCAUUGCUAAGAAAGAGCAUGUCUUUGGCAAGAGAACGUUUGCAACUAAAGCUCAGUUUUCAGGUGAUGGCAAAACUCAUGAUCUUGUGAUCGAGUGUGACACUAGUCUCAGUGAUCCUUGUCUCAUUGUUCGUGUCGAUGGAAAGAUCUUGAUGCAAGUGCAGCGGCUUCAUUGGAAGUUCCGUGGCAACGAUACCAUAAUUGUCAAUAGAAUCUCUGUGGAAGUUCUCUGGGAUGUCCACAGUUGGUUCUUUGGGUUGCCAUCAUCACCAGGAAAUGCAGUGUUUAUGUUCAGGACUUGUCAAUCUGUUGAAAAGACCUGGUCUUUCACACAGGUCCCCACGAGCUCAAAAUCUCAAAGUUUUGGGUUUUCAUUGAUUCUGUAUGCUUGGAAGAACGAGUAGAGAAGAAGAGUUUUGAGAGUUCUUUUGUUUCUCUUGAGUGCUAACUAAAGGUUAAAAAGGAACUGUUGAUUCUUGUCAAUUUAUUUUAUCAUAUGAUCAAUUGGUUUCAAUUAUAGUUUUCUCGUAAAAUGUUCGAACCGGAUCAUUGAAGUAUAUAUCAGUUUCAUAUGUCAAAAGUUUUUACUUGAGACUUGUAAAGACUUUUGUUCAAAGCCGAUUACUUUAGCCCUGUAUCAAGAAACCAACUGUCUAGAUACUCUGUUUUGUUCUCCAUGUGCAUAAUGUUCCUCAAUACACUUGAUAGUUCUAACUACAUUAAGGGUUUCUUUGGUGUAUGGUCUUUCUUCUAUUGGCUGUUCAAUUGUGGACAAAUCAGAUUAUAACGAUCUGAGCUAAAGCUAGUAGUUACAAGAAGAUUAUCAAACAUGUGCUUUGCAUCCAUCUAGAUAUUCUUGCUGAAUCAUUUUAUCAAGUAUAUGUAUCUUCCUUUUAGAGAUAUAUCAUGUAUUUGGUUUUGUUUAG